UUCAGUAAGAUAGGUUAUUAGCAUCAGCCGUGAAUUAAAAUAUGGGAACAAAGUACUGCCUUUUAGACUGUGAAGGACCUUUCCAGUGGUCUGAAGACCUGAAAAUAUCGCUUACUACCUUCCCAACAAUGAGGUGGCUUUGAGUGCUAACCUGGGGCAGAGCCUAAAAAUGGUUCUAGUUUAAAUGUAGAGGCCCCCUUGUGGCCAUGGCUGCCCUUUUUUUCCACAAGAGCCUUGUUGUGAACAACAAGGACAAUGAUGAGCUGGAGUUGGAACGGGAGCUCACCCGAAAAUUAGAGAACAAAGUCAUGCUCCUCUAUUUUGGCUCUGGUGAAUGUCCUCGAUGCCAAGAGUUUGCGCCCAUCCUGAAAGAUUUUUUUGUGAAACUCACAGACGAGUUUUAUGUGGAGCGAGCAUCUCAACUAGUUCUCGUCUAUGUGUCGCUGGACAAAACAGAGGAAAAGCAAAACAAGUUUCUGAAGAAAAUGCCAAGGCGGUGGCUGUUUUUACCUUUCCAGGAUGAGUUCAAAAAGGAGCUGGCAUUAAGAUUUUCGGUGACUCAUCCCCCUGUGGUGGUAGUUUUAAAACCAAAUGGUGAAGUCAUUGACCACAAUGCUGUGGAAGAAAUCAAACAGCUAGGCACAGCUUGCUUCAAGAACUGGCAAGAAGCAGCUGAUUUGGUGGACAGGAGCUUCCUUUUAUCUCAAGACUCCGAGGAUGUGACCCUGAGAAGUAUCACUGAUCCCAUUCGGCGGUUCAAGUACAAACUAGCCAAGAACAAAAGGAAAAUGAGAAGCAGAGAUGGUGAUAAGGGUCAAGUCUCCUGAUGAGAUGUUUCUUCUUCUUGGAACUUCAGGAACUCUUGAUUAAAGGAGGACCUUCCCACUUUUUUUCAGUCACCCAUUGGCCAUGCUCAACUUCCAAAUAACUCUUUCUCGUAAGUGCUAACAUCCUUUCUUAAGGACCCAAUGAAGCCAGAAUUUUAAUUCUGUAGUACAUCAGCCCAUAUAGCAAUGCUAUAUUUUGAUCAAUGAAAAUCUAACUGUUGUUUUUAGAGACUUAUUGUACAUUUUAUUUUAUCUGAAAAUAGAAACUGUCCAGAACAGGGUUAGGCAGAAUUUGGAUUGGAGGAGUAACAAUAGAAUAGUGUUGUUUGUUAACAAGCAGAAGUAAAAAAAGAAAAGCAAAUAAUGUUAGUUUUGUGACCUUUGGAAUAAUGAGCAAGAAUUGUUAUUUCAAGGAAAUUUAAUAAAUUUAAUAAACACAAGCAAAAGAACAUAAUGAUAUCAAAGUCUUAGAUUUUAAAAGAGCUGAUUUUAACAAACUCAGAGAGAACUUGGGAAAGAUUCCUUGAAUGAAAAUUCUAAAGGGGAAAACAACUCCAGAAGCUUGCAAAACUGAAAAAUAUGAUCAUAA